AAUCAUUGGAGGCAAUGCCUUAUGUACCCGCAAAUUCCUACGAUGGAGACCUUAAGAUCUGGAGUGGAUCAGAGAUCACAGAGUACUUUGCGCCGAACCUAUCCAUUGGGGAGAUUAUUUUCCAUGAAAUGCGCAGGCAUCCGAAGCUGAUUGCUCAAAUAUCCACCACUGAGGAGACAAUUCUCACCCGCGAAGAGCUCCACUCGAAUGCGAUGCGUGUAGCCUCGUAUAUGCGAUCGAAGGGUCUACUCCAGUCGGAUAUAGUGGGGAUUAUAGCCAGGAACACCACCCAUAUCCCUGCCGUCGCUUAUGGCUGCUUCUUCAAUGGCAUCGCCUUCCACUCCCUGAACAUCGCCUACGAUCGGGGUACCAUCGAGAAGCUUUUCUCCAUCACACGGCCACGGAUCAUAUUCUGCGACGGGGAUGAGUACGAGAAAGUGAGAGAAGCCACUCAGGACCUGGAGAAGGUGGAGAUCGUUACGAUGCGGAACCAUCCAGAGGGAGGAUCGACUCCCAUCCUGCAGAUACUCUCAUCCUCCAUCGAGGAUAACUUUCUGCCCGUGCGACUGGAGCAGGGCAUCGAUCAGACUCUGGCAAUACUCUGUUCCUCGGGCACCACGGGCAUCCCCAAGGCAGUGACCAUCACCAACAGUCGACAGAUUCUAGCCGAGUGCUACUCCCUGACCACCUCGGAUAUUCAGUAUACCCACAGCACCUUAGACUGGAUCACUGGACUCUUGACAACCAUCACAUCGGGAGUCUUCAGCACUACCAGGAUUAUUGCAGAUAAUGUCUUCCAUCCUGUCAACAUGAUGCGCUUGAUUGAGGAAUACAAAAUCACAUGGCUCAUCCAGGCACCCUCCCACAUGGCCAUGAUGGCCAAUUCUGAGGAAUUCGAGUCCGCAGACUUCUCGAGCAUCAGGUCUUACCUAUUUGGAGGAGGUCGCGCUUCCGUGGAGACGCAGCAUCUCAUUAGAAACCGUCUGAGCAGCGACUGUCUGCAUUUUGCCUACGGAUUCACGGAAUUGGGGGCCAUGGCUACCAUGAACCACCAUUUUGACGAGAAGCCAAACUCGGUGGGUCGCCUGGUUAGUGGAGUGAAGGCAAAGAUAAUCUGUGAAGAGGGAGAAUCCCAAGGUCCUGAUGAGGUGGGUGAGGUGUGCAUUAGCAACGGCCAGCAUUGGGCGGGAUACUAUGGAAAUCCCGAGGAAAGCCACAAGAUUCGGGACUCUCAAAUGUGGUUCCACACUGGAGACAUUGGCUACAUGGACGAUGAUGGAUUCCUGUACAUUGUGGAACGGAAAAAGGACAUGCUCAAGUACCAGAACAUCAUGUACUAUCCGAAUGACAUCGAAACGAUCAUAUCUGAGAUGCCAGACGUCGCCGAGGUCUGUGUCUUUGGCGUCUGGGAUCAAAUCAAUGGAGAUGAGGCAGCCGCCGCUGUCGUCAAGAGGCAGGGAAGUGAUCUGAAAGCUCAGGACAUUGUGGAUUAUGUGAGAGAUCACACGGAUGCCAAGUACAAGCGAUUAAAUGGAGGGGCCAUUAUCAUGCAGGACCUGAUGCGCAGUCCCAAUGGCAAAACGAAUCGAAUGGCCACCAAGGCGUAUUUUUUGGAAGUUAAGGAUCGAAAUUGAACAGAAAAUACCAGAAUAAACUUUGGAAAUCAUGUACCCCAA